CUGAGCUUGAGCUUCAACUUGUUUCCGAAGCUGCUUCUUUUUCUUCACCACCACCACAAGCCCCUGUGAUAGAUAUGACAAAGCUCUUGUCUCCAGACUCCCAUGCUUCUGAGCUCCACAAGCUUGAUCAUGCCUGCAAAUAUUGGGGUUUCUUUCAGUUGAUCAAUCAUGGAGUGAGCGCCUCAUUAGUAGAAAAUGUGAAGAAAGGAGUGGAACAGUUUUUCAAUCUUCCCAUGGAAGAGAAAACCAAGUUCCAGAAGAAAGGAGGAGAAAGGGAAGGAUAUGGUCAGCUGUUUGUUGUGUCUGAAGAACAAAAGCUCGACUGGGCUGAUAUGCUGUUCUUCACCACUCUUCCAACAGAAGCAAGGAAACCCCACUUGUUCCCUAACCUCCCCCUUCCUUUCAGGGACAACUUGAAUGACUAUUGUGCAGAACUAAGAAAACUUGCAAUGGAACUGAUUAUGCUGAUGGGUGAAGCUUUAAACGUGGAAGCCAACCAGAUGAGAGAGUUAUUCGCAGGAGGAUUGCAAUCAGUGAGGAUGAAUUACUACCCAACAUGUCCUCAACCAGAGAAGGUGAUUGGCCUCUACCCACACUCUGAUGGUAGUGCCCUCAUAAUACUGCUUCAAGUCAAUGAAGUGGACGGGCUUGAGAUAAAAAAGGAUGGAACUUGGAUCCCCAUCAACCCUGUCCCUGACGCCUUCGUCGUCAACAUCGGAGACACUUUCGAGAUUGUGAGUAAUGGGAUAUACAAGAGCGUAGAGCAUAGAGCGACAGUGAACUCGAAGAAGGAGAGGAUGUCAAUGGCCACUUUCUUUGGUGCUAGAUUGGAUGGGAUGCUUGGUCCGUCGCCAAACCUUGUAACUUCAGGAAGGCCCCCACAGUUCAAGACCACCUCUGUGUCUAAUUACUGGAAGGCAUUUUAUACGCGCCAGCUCCAUAGCAAAUCCAACAUUGAUUCCUUGAGGAUCCCAAAUCAAACUCAUGAAACCUCAAGCUUUUGCUGCACGAAGGAGCGUGCGCAGAGAGAGAAUAAAACAUCCAUGGAAGCUAUUGGAGCAAAACUGAGUGAUCUGCAGACCGGAUGCGAUACUGAGGUAUCAGUACCUCUUGUGCAGGAGCUAGCCAAGAAGCCAUUAACCAGUAUCCCAGAGAGAUAUGUGCGUCCUGAGCUUGAGCUUCAACUUGUAGCCGAACCUGCUUCUUCUUCUUCACCGCCACCACAAGCCCCUGUGAUAGAUAUGGCUAAGCUCUUGUCUCCAGACUCUCAUGCUUCUGAGCUCCAAAAGCUUGAUUAUGCCUGCAAAUAUUGGGGUUUCUUUCAGUUAGUUAAUCAUGGAGUGAGCCCUUCACUAGUGGAAAAUGUGAAGAAAGGAAUAGAAGAGUUUUUCAAUCUUCCAAUGGAAGAGAAAACUAAGUUCCAGAAGAAAGCAGGAGAAAGGGAGGGAUAUGGGCAGCUGUUUGUUGUAUCAGAAGAACAGAAGCUUGAUUGGGCUGAUUUGUUAUAUUUCACCACUCUCCCACAAGAAGCAAGGAUACCCCACUUAUUCCCUAAACUCCCCCUCCCUUUCAGGGAUAACUUAAAUAACUACUGUACAGAACUAGGAAAACUUGCAAUGGAACUGAUUAUGCUGAUGGGUGAAGCUCUAAACCUGGAAGCCAAAGAGCUGAGAGAGUUAUUUGAAGAAGGAUGGCAAACAGUGAGGAUGAGUUACUAUCCAACAUGUCCUCAACCAGACAAGGUGAUUGGCCUCAACCCUCACUCUGACGCUGGUGCCCUCACAAUUCUCCUCCAAGUCAAUGAAGUGGAUGGCCUUCAAAUCAAAAAGGAUGCAAUUUGGGUCCCCAUCAACCCUCUUCCUCAAGCCUUCGUCGUCAACGUUGGAGACACUUUCGAGAUUGUGAGCAACGGGAUAUACAGGAGCAUAGAGCACAGGGUGACAGUGAACUCGGAGAAGGAGAGGAUGUCGAUAGCCGCAUUCUAUAAUGCCAGAUUUUAUGGGAUGAUAGGGCCAUCGCCAAACCUCGUAACUCCAGAAAGGCCUCCAAUGUUCAAGACCAUCUCUAUGUCUGAUUACUGGAACGCAUUCUUCACACGCCAGCUCCGUGGCAAGUCCAACCUUGAUUCCCUUGGGAUUCCAAUUCAUACUCAUGAAACCACAUAGAAUAUGUAGAACCUCUAGUCUGCAUCUCUAAGCGUGUUUUUAUCAUGUUUCUACAAUAAUGUCCCGCUGCAAUUAUAAUCGGAAUUAUAUUACUGCACAAAUGCAGGUUGGGAAAUCAUGUGUACAUACAACUAGUACGUAUAUAUAAAUUUUAGAUUACGCAUGGGAUCAUAUAUAUAUUCGUGCA